AUGGCGUCAGAGACACUCUACAAAGUGGGAGAUGGGGAGGAGACCACGCUGAGGAAGGAAACCCUCAACGUUUUGAACACACUCAAGCACAUGUCGAAGCCCUUUCCAAACCCCAAGUCUACGAACAGGACCAUCACCACCAAAGGACGCCCACUUUCCUCAAGGGGCAGUUUGGAGGAAGAUGCCAUUGAUCUACCGAAGCAGAUGCCAAUGGAGGAUUCUGAAUGCAGCUCCGAUGACACCAGCAUCUCCCCCAUGUCAUCCACUUCGUCGAAUCUCAUCAAAUUGGCCGUGACUCAGCCCAAUAGCAGCUUCUUUGCAGGGAUGCUGGAGGGCGAGCUGAACAAACUCAGCUUCUCCUCGAUGGGCAAGAGUAUGGAAAAGGGGGACCUGGCUCUCUGCCCCCAAUCUAAGUCCCAAAUAGCCCCUGGUGGCCUGCUGGACCUUGACAACCGUAAGGUGGACACAGACACCUCCUCAAUACCCUCAGCGUCCUCUGUGGUCCUGGAUGUGCCGGAGGCACCCUUCAUCUGUGAAUACAUGGUCAGCGAUUCCACGGCUGUGAUUUCCUGGACCUACGCCCCAGGCAAGCAGCAGGUCAGUUUCUACCAGGUCCAGUUGCAGGAGGUGGUCAGGAAAAGUGAUAGUGAGAUGCCCAAGGCAACGAAUCGCCCAUGGAUCUUCAAUAAGGUCUUGGGCACCACCAUCAAGCUGAUGCAGCUGAAGACGGACACGAGUUACUGCCUGACUGUCCGCGCAGCCAACACCGCUGGGAUGGGGAAGUGGUGCAAGCCCUACAAAUUUGCAACCGAUGCUACAGACUUGAGCAGCUUCCCCGAGAACAAUCCUAUCCAGAUCACUGUGCGGCGCAAAAAACCCCAGAGGAAAACCGUGUCCAUGGGGUUGGAGGACAUGCGGAGGCUAGAAGAUCUGGAACACCUCCUUCCCUACUAAGGGGGAGGUCCCCAGGAAGCCCCUUAACUACUUUCAGCUUCGGACCAGGGCCCUUAGGAACCGGA